AAAUAUAAAUAUAUAUUAAAAAAAACUAUUUUUAUAACCCUUUACCAAUUUCCAUCUACUUCCUAUUAUUUGUUGCUUACAACAAAAACCAAAAACUCUUAUAAAUAUAUUUAAACUAAAUUUAUAAGUGGCCUGCAAAAGCUUGACAAAAUUGCACGCGAAAACUUGACGAGGGUGCUACCCUAGAAAACACCGUGUUUCUUAAGUAAAGUGCGUACUAACGGUUAUUGUGGACAAUAUUCGUCGAAAAGAAAAAUAAACAAAAAUUUAACAAUAGACACAUAGAAUAGUCGUUGAUCUGUAAUUCAAGUUUUGUUAAAUAUAUAUUAAAAAAAUCUUUUGUGAGCAAGGAAGAAUUAGAGAAAGGAAAUUGCAUAUAUUUUUAAACCGGAUGGCGCUUUCGUUUCUAUCGCAAAGUUCCGGCCUGUUGGAUUUACAAAGCAUAUUUGAUCCUCAAUAUUCAAUACAACAACAACAACAGCAGCAGCAGCAGCAAUUGCAAAUUCAUUUACCAUCAGAACAACAACAACAACAACGCACUUCAACGAAAUUUGAUCUAAGCAUUUUCAACGAUUUCGACCAAAUGGAAUUCAACAACAACAACAACUUGAGUCGAAAUCAUCAUAAUCAGUAUCAGAAUAAUAAUAAUAACAGUAAUAAUAACAGUAAUACUAUCAAUAAUAAUAAUAAUAAUAAUACUAGCAUCAAUAAUAAUAAUAAUAAUAAUAACCACAAUACCAACAACAACAACAACAUUCAUACGCACCAAACUAACGGAGAAAAUCUUAAUCAGAUCCAAAAUAGUCAUUUCAUUAGUGGCUAUCAUCAUCAGCAUAUUGGAUCGGAUUAUGAGCCAGUGAUUAGCUUUGUUGAUUCACCACCGAAUUCUGAGGAAUCUUGGACAGACGGACAGUCCAAGGAUUCACCAGGACCGCAAAUUAUCGACGUGAGGACAAUUUACUCAGACAGUGGUUCGCGCAAAAGACGAAUGGAUUGGUACUCAUUGGACAUCGGUCAAAGUGAAAAUUCGCCGACAACUCAAUCAGGCGAAAUACCCAAUAAGGUGGCACAUCACGAGAAAGAUAAACAUAAACGUGAAAAGCAUUCAGGUCGCAGUAGCUGGAGCGACGAUAUUGGUUUUGAUCUGAACGCCGAGUUUAAUAGCAACUCAUAUUUGAACAAUGAAAACUUUUUAUCGUUCUCCCCGAGCCUGACGGCACUUAAACAGGAGCCGCAAACGGAGCAGCUCAAACCGAACGGAAAGAUAUCCUUGGAGAGCGGCAGCAACAGCUCCGCAAUUGGCAAAAGCGAUAAGUCGCCAUUAGGCGAGGCAAAUCAUUCACCACAGCGCACGGGUCAGGAGGUAGCAGCAGCGGCAGCAGCCUCAUCAUCAUCAUCAGCAGGUGGAGGCGGUGCAGUUGCAGCGGCUGGUGGCAAGCAUGAGUUGAACCCCGGCAACAUCUGUGGCUGUGGCUCGCCGCAAGGCUCGCCCGCCGCAGCGGACUUUGAAUUGAAUUGCAAUGCCAAUGGAAACGAAGCAUCGUCGGCUGAGAAAACCCGAACUGCAUCUGGCAAUGAGGCCUAUGCACAGGCGCCGCGCUCUGGACUGCAGCAGCAGCUGAGCGUUGUCGAGGCGGCCAAAAUUGAGCCCAGCUCGUCUGGCGGUGCAUCUCAUGCAGAGGAUCAUAAAUUUCAGUACAUUUUGGCAGCGGCCACCUCUAUUGCAACGAAGAACAAUGAGGAGACAUUGACCUAUCUGAAUCAGGGUCAAAGCUAUGAGAUCAAAUUGAAGAAAAUUGGCGAUUUAUCUUUCUAUCGCGAUAAGAUUUUGAAGAGCGUUAUCAAAAUCUGUUUCCACGAGCGUCGUUUGCAGUUCAUGGAACGCGAACAGAUGCAGCAAUGGCAGGCAUCGCGUCCAGGUGAUCGAAUUAUUGAGGUAGACGUACCAUUGUCGUAUGGCCUGUGCCAUGUGUCGCAGCCACUGAGCGCGAAUGCAUUGAAUACUGUCGAAAUCUUUUGGGAUCCAUUGAAGGAAGUCGGUGUUUACAUCAAGGUUAAUUGCAUUUCAACCGAAUUUACACCAAAGAAGCACGGUGGUGAAAAGGGUGUACCAUUUCGACUACAAAUUGAAACCUAUAUAGAAAACACAACAGCGGCUAAUUGUAACAACAUCAACAACAACAGCAGCUCGAGCAGCAGCAGCAAUAGCAGCUCCAGCAGCAGCAGCUCCAGUAGCAACAACAGCACUGGCAAUACAACUAGCAACAACAACAACAGCAACGGCGCAGGCGUUACAUCGGCGGGGCAGACGGAUAAUCGGAAUGCAAACAGCGGCAACAUCGCCGGCCUGGCAACACUCAAUGGCAAACAGGCGGUGCAUGCAGCUGCCUGUCAGAUAAAGGUCUUCAAGCUAAAGGGCGCCGAUCGCAAGCAUAAACAGGAUCGCGAAAAGAUCCAAAAGCGCCCGCAGUCAGAGCAGGAUAAGUUUCAGCCCAGCUACGAGUGCACCAUUAUGAAUGAUAUAUCUUUGGAUUUGAUAACGCCAGCCACCACAACUGGCUGCUACAGUCCCGAAUAUAUGAAAUUGUGGCCAAAUUCGCCGGUGCAUAUACCAAAAUAUGAUGGAAUGUUGCCAUUUGCUAGCAGCGCAUCACCGGCGGCCAGCAGCAGCCCAAUUGCUAUCAAUUCGGUGACAUCCACAAAUUCGCCAACAUUGAAACUAAUGGAUGCCACAAAUAUGGUGUCGCCGCAGCAUGUGCCAGCGGAUAUGGAUGAUUAUAAUCAGAACAUAAUGCCCGAAUCAACGCCCGCACAAGUCACACAAUGGCUGACACAUCAUCGUCUGACGGCCUACCUCAACACCUUUGCCCAUUUCUCGGGCGCGGAUAUUAUGCGCAUGUCCAAAGAGGAUCUAAUACAAAUCUGUGGCCUCGCCGAUGGCAUACGCAUGUUUAAUAUAUUACGCGCCAAAACCAUUGCGCCACGUCUGACGCUCUAUGCCAGCAUGGAUGGCUGUAGCUACAAUGCCAUCUACUUACUCUCUAAUACUGCCAAGGAGUUGCAGCAGAAGAUCUAUAAGCUACCAGGAUUCUAUGAGUUCGUCGCUAAGGGCGGCUCGGCUGGUCUUUUGGAGAAUGGCGGCGGCAAUGUCGCUGCUGCAGCAGCAGCUGCUGCCGCUCUAUACAAUAAUUGGGGCAUGCACUCGAAAUAUUCCGGCAGCGGUUCGAACAUAUUUAAUGAGGUGAACAAGAGCUGCGUCUACAUAUCGGGGCCGUCGGGCAUACACGUGAGCGUCAGCGAUGAGGUGCUCAACAAUGAGGUAAAGGACGGCAGUCUCUAUGCCCUGGAUGUCCAGGGUGGCAAAGUUAUAUUGAAGCUGAUCAAUAAGCAGGAUAACAAUUAAAAGACAUUGUAAUUGUCUAUCGAAGCUAAAACUAGUUGUAGAAUUGCUAUUAUUUGCCUGGUACAAACAGAUAACCCACGAAAAAGAAAAGUAUAGUUUUUUAGCAUUUAAAUCAAACUAUAUCAAAUGUUAUAAAUGAUACAUGUGUAUUACACUUAUUUUUCACACAUACACACAUGAACAUAUAUAUACA